AUGUACACCAAACCAAGUACUAGACUGGCUUUGGCCUCACUAUGUUUCUUUGUCCUCCAGAGCUUGAUGCUCCAGAUUGCGGCUAAUAUGAUUGAGACUGAGAAAAAGGAGGCUAAGCAGGAGAAAGACAAUUUCAUGGCUGCGAUCCCCGCCCUGGAUUUGUCUGGAGACCAAGCGGCGCUGGUGGUAUGAUACUAGUCAUUCAUUCCUUUACAAGUUCCACAAAGCUACUCUGAUCUAUUCAAUAUAUCACAAUGUACACUGAGUGUAUAAAACAUUAGUAACACCUGCUCUUUCCAUGACAGACUGAACAGGUGAAUCCAGGUGAAAGCUAUGAUCCCUUAUUGAUGUACAUUUUUUAAUCCACUUCAAUCAGUGUAGAUGAAGGGGAAUAGACAGGUUAAAGAAGGAUUUUUAAGCCUUGAGACAAUUGAGACAUGGGUUGUGUAUGUGUGCCUUUUAGAGGGUAAAUGGGCAAGACAAAAUAUUUAAGUGUCUUUGAACGGGGUAUGGUCGUAGGUGCCAGGUGCACCGGUUUGAGUGUUUCAAGAACUGCAACACUGCUGGGUUUUUCAUGGUCAACAGUUUCCCGUGUGUAUCAAGAAUGGUCCACUACACAAAGGACAUCCAGCCCACUUGACACAACUGUGGGAAGUAUUGGAGUCAACAUGGUCCAGCAUCCCUCUAGAACGCUUUUGACACCUUGUAGAGUCCAUGCCCCAACGAACUGAGGCUGUUCUGAGGGCAAAAAGAGGGUGCAACUCAAUAUUAGGAAGGUUCCUAAUAUUUUGUACACUCAGUGUAAGGCAAAGCCUUUAUCAGUGUGUGGAAUGAAAGGUAGGGCAGCUCUCUCUCUAGAUAGCUGUUGCCUGCAGAAAGUUGUUAAUUCCACACACUUUAGAUGCUGGUGCCAUGCUGGUGCCUCUUACAAAUUAUCUGUGAUGUGUUUGUGUGCCAACAGGAAAUGCUCAAAAAGUUGGCCCAGACCGUCGACAAGGUUGAUGAGGAAAGAUAUGACGCAGAAGCAAAAGUAAAGAAGUCAGAAAAAGAGGUACAGUACAUUACAUUACAUAUUUUCCUCCUCCUAGAAACAUAUACCUCUGCAAAUCUAAUCUUUCUCCUCACUUUCUCACUUCCCAGAUUGAGGACUUGAAGAUGAAAGUGGUUGAGGUCCAGGGCAUAAAGAAACCAGCUCUGAAGAAAGUGCGUUUGUCUGCUGAUGCUAUGCUUGCAGCUCUGCUGGGCACCAAGCACAAGGCUUCCAUGGACUUUAGAUCCAACUUGAAAGAAGUGAAGAAGGAGGUCAAAGAGGAGGUGGGUAUUUGUGUGGAAUCUUACAAAGCAGAGAAUCAUAGUACUGUAGGAGAUGGCAACAUUUGUCCCACGUGUUCAGAGCUUUGAUGAAAGGAUCAGUUACAUGUGUUUCAUAUUAUAUCCUCAAACACUGAAAAUGUCACAACAUAAACUUUGUGUCACGCAGGAGGAAGUUGGUGACUGGCGUAAGAACGUUGAUGAACAGGCUGGCAUGGAUGGCAGGAAGAAGAAGUUUGAGACCGCAUAAAUGACUGAAUUAGUUCUGGUGUUCAAAACUGGCUACUGAGUGAUUCAUGUAUCUUUUUCAUUAUUUUAUGGUACUGUUAGAGAGUAUAGCAUCUGAUAAGCACUUAUACUAACUGUAAACUGUCAUUGAAUUGUAGCAUAUUUUCCAAAUGUAUAGGCUUAUCGGAAAUUUAUUCAACUGCCAAACUGCGGUAAUUAAAUAAAUGUUGGCAACAUGGAGAAAUGGUAUACAUUCGGUGGUCCUGUGUUGUGUUCAAUUUUGUUACCCCUUUCAAAUUUGGUCCCUCAAUGCUUUUGGAUGUAAGGUGUUCUGAAGUACGGUUGCAAAAAAGUUGACUUUCCGAAAGAUCUUAUUCCCUUCUGAUUUCGGGAAUCUUCCAACCAGGAUUUCUGGAAAACCUGGACAUUAUGGGAACGUUACAUGAAUUUUGUAACCCUAUUCUGGAGAAACCUAGAUCAGCUUGGGUCAAGGCUAUCUUAAUACUGUAAAAACAAAUCUGAGUUAUAAACCACAAGAUGUCAGUAUAGUAGAACAUUCUUUCUCUUUCUGAUGACCCUUCCUCUUCCUUUCUUUCACUCUACCCCUCUCUCUCCUCUUUCUCUGACUGAUUCCUCUUUGACCAACAAACAGGUAUGUCGUCUUUGACAAACAUUCAACAAACGCCCCCCCCAUAACCUUUCAAUUUGAAACUAUGGCAAUGGAAAAAGGGAGGCAGUUAGUGAGUUUUGAACAAACGAGGGCAAUCUGCACCAAAUUCAGUUAUUACGUGUUAUUUAUUAUUUUGUUUAACUAUAUUUGUCAUGUGUGGGCCUGUUUAAGCGCUCAACUUAUUAGCAAUGUGGCCUAACAUAUAAUCCAUAGUUGCUGUGCUUUUAGGUUUGAAGGAAAUAUGAUGGAAUUGAGGUUGAUUGUGUUUUGUCUUUAAGACAAUAGAUCAAUUUCUGAUUUCAAUACAAUUUCAAUAUCUGAGUACUUCAUUGUUUCGAUAAAAGUAUAACUUUUGAAAAUGUAUUAAGAUUGUAAAGUACUUUGUUUUCUGGAAUUGAUAGUAUGAUUCACUUGUUUAAUUAUAUUACUAUGAUUCACUUGUUUAAUUAGACUCCAACUAAAUGAUUACACAUUUAAACAUCCAAAAGGAACUGAAAGUCAAUGUUUUCCAAUACUUAAAUGUGUUAUCCAUGUUGCCCGUGAAUGUCUUAGACAUAGAAUAACUUCACUCAUAUCUAUAAUUACUUUCCCUAUCUCUCCCAUACUGAACUGUAAUUAUAUACUCACUGCCCAGAGGAACAUACAUGUAUGUAUUGGAAGGCAUAUUGAAGGAAAUAAUAUUUAUGAGGUGAACAGGGUUGGGCAGAGUGUAUUUCAGGAGCUCGAUGUUCCAUUGGUCUGACAUGGAAACCACUUCCAUAAAGAGGACCCAGUGCUUCUGCUGAUGUAUCACCCAACACCAUAUAUACCGUAUUUCCUGUUUCACUGCCUGUUGCUUGCCAGUGUGCUAGUCUUCCCUUCUUCCUCCAGGUGUGUCCUGCCCUCCUCCUCUUCCUUUCAUAGGUGAGAAUCUCUCUUUUCAUGUUUCUCUAUCACACUCUCUGAGUAUGUAGCAUCACUGGGAUUAAAAGCACAAAGAAAUAGAAAGAGACUAAAAAGCCUCCCAACAGAUGGCAAUCUUAACAAUCAAACACACUCAUUGCACAUUGGUGUCUUACUGUACAUCACUUUAUGGAUCAUAACAAAUUGAACAUAUGGAACAGAUGUAUUCACCUGGCAAUACAGUUGAAUACAUGUCAUGUUUUCCCUCUGACAGUCAGUGGAUACUGAUAGAAAAAUAAGGUUGUCUUGACAGAAUAAUGUGCGCCAUGGCCUCUAUGUUUGUAUUCAGAUGUAUAGAGGUAGAUAGAAGAUUGUGAAACUUUGGCUAGGGUUCUGGUUAGGGGCGAUACUCUAGCAGUAAAUAGAUUUCACCUAAAUCCAGACCUCUGAGUUAUUGAGUUUCAGAUAGAGAUCUCAGGCACAGGAUGUACUGUGUCAGAUUUAGUGAUUAUAUUAGGAUUAAUUCAAUAUAAAAUUGAAUGUAUAAAGUGUCAUACAUUCAGGGAUGGAGAUGUGAGAGUUAUUCAUUUUCCAUUCAAGAACGUUGGUAUGCGUUUAUUUGAGGAGUUGGAUGUUGUAACAGCUUUGUGAUACUGAAUAGUAGACAGCAUGCUGUGCCAUGUUAAUUGUAAUGUUAAACAAGAAGAGAAAGGUAAACUAGUUUUGCAAGCGAUCUUUCAUCAGUCUUGGCUUGCUAAAUUGUAUACUUGACUUAAUUCGAUGAUUUGAAAUUUAAAUAAUUGAUUAGAUUAGAUUAGAUUGUGAAUGAAUGGGAAAGUAAAGUGUCAGAUGUUCUCAGUUCACAAAAGUGGUUUAAUUAAUUAGUUAAAUCCAUUUAGACAUUGCCUAUCUUUCUAAUUAACUUAGAGCUCAGGCAUGUAGCUGGAUCCAGACAACAGAUGGAAUUGGACGUGGGCCAUCUCCACAUAAUAUCUUUUUUGAGGUUUGAAAACAUUUGAAUAAACUUUUAACUGAGACUUACUGUAAAUCUUGGGGAGGAAAAAUAGCAAGCUAUUAUAUUUGUUGAUUAAGUGUAACUAUCUUUAUUCAACACCACCACAUCUGUCUGCAGAAUGAAGAAGAUGCUGUUGAUUUAUGUGAUUAGGAAAUAUUUUCUGAUACACGGCACCACGGCAGGUUCAUAAAUCGAGACUUGUGUCUUUGAAUGCAGCAGCAGUUAAAGUCUGUUGGGGAACACUUGGCCAAACUAGUUUCUUAGGGGAAACAUUAUCCCAUUUCAGAGUUAGAGUCUGGAGUGAUUCUGAGCAUGCUAAAUUUGGACUGCUAGAGUCAGGUGUCAUCUCUGACUUUUUUUUAUGGUUGAUGGUUGUUAGCUUGUGAAACCCUAUCAAUCUUCAGCUAAAUAUCACAGCAUGAUCUUUAGACCAGACAUGUCUCUCGCUUUUGCACUUAUUGCACCCUAAUGAUAUUAUAAAAGGUUUUUAUCAUAAAUAUCAAAACAAGUUUUCUUUCCCUCUUCUGUCUUCUAUUCAGGGUGUGAAGCACAACAACAGCCAAUAUGUCGGAGUAAGUCUUGACAUUCAGUUUAUCUUUUUUAAAUUCACUAAAAGUGACAUUCCAGACUUUCAGCCUGACACAAAACAUGUCCGAUCCAGCCAUAAGUUCUGUCAGUAAUGCAAAUACCGCUUAUAUCCCUAACAACAUGUCAAAUCCACCUUUCUUCACAGAAAAAAGAUGACAUCAAGUCGCAGGCAUCAUCUGAAGGUAAACCAAUACAAUGAAUUGUGAUCCAUUGUCUGAAACAAGCAUUACAGGCACAUCAAUACCCAGUACUUGACUAGAUUCGUUUUGGCUUUCAUUAGACUGGUUUAAAAACUUUUCAACCUCUUUAAUACUUUAAAGGGGAAAUCUACACUUCAAAUAAUAACAAAGUGAACACCUCAACACUGUUUUGGUAAAAAGCUAAGGGAUGGUCCCGCAUGGCUUAGCUGGUAGAGCAUGGCUUAGCUGGUAGAGCAUGGCGCAUGCAAUGCCAAGGUUGUGGGUUUGAUUCCCACGGGGACCAGUAAGAAAAGUACAACAAUUUAUGCACUUACAGUAAGUUGCUCUGGAUAAGUGUGUCUGCUAAAUGACUAAAGUGGAACAAAACUAGUAGACCAGUUUAUCUGACCCUGUUACGGUAUUAAAAUGGCUUGAUGCAGAAAUGGCAUUAGAAAUGGUCAGGAACAAAGAAGAAUAUGACAUAUUACACCUGAAAUAAAAUGUAUCUACUGGAAAUGUAGCCUAUCCCAACUACGAUCAUUUAGUUAACACAUUUAUUUGCAGACAAUUACUUCACCAAAUUAUACCUACAUCGAGGCUACUCUUCAGCAAAAAUAAAGUUAUUGAAGACCAACUUUUAAUUAAUGACUACAUCAAAAGUAAUAUGGAAUGCAGCAACAUGCGUUAUAGACAAAUAAAAUAUCUUAAAAAACGAAGCACUUUGCAUCUGUUUCUUUGGUUAAGCUAACAACUUCCAAAUCAUAAGAAAUUACUUUCCCAGCCACAUUUCUUUCCAAUUCAGACAUUGUUUCUUCAAUAAAGUACAAUAUGCCACAGUAGGCCUACUGGCCUUGUAGACCUGUCAGAAAAUAUAAAGGUUAAUCUAUUGAGUGUUAUUACGUUGUUCAACAAAUUAAGAAAUAAUCUCCGCUAUCCAUAAAACAUAGGACAUGUUAGGCUACUCUUAUACCAGACUAACCACGAACGCGAUAAAAAAUUGUUAAUAUAAUUUGUGCAACUUCAAAUAACUUUUAUUAGAAUACAAUUUGAUUCAAAAUACAACACAGUCACAAUUUAGUUUCGAAUGUCAAAUGUGUAGCCUACAGUUCAGGAUAUUUAAUUUUCCACUUUUGAUAAGAAAUGUCCAUAUUCGAUUCAGACAAGUAAAAUCAUUAUUGGAUUACAUAAAUUAGAAACUAAAUUUUUUUUCCUACACCAUGAAUUUUCCAUUUAUACAAUGUGUGGGGUAGGCCAUGUUGUCAUAGUAGAAUGGAAAUGAAAUACUUGAUUUCAGUUAUACGGAAUGAUUGUUAUAUAGAUAAAUCGGCUUUAGGUACAAUUGCCGGAUAAAAUUGUUCCGAUGAUAAUACCCACCAGAGGGCAACGUUUUCUUGAAAAUGUUUGGUUGCAAUGAGGACUAAAAGCACAGAGGAAGAGGCGAAGCGAGAGGGAUAAUCUGUCUUCUCCAACAGCAUUUUUUUCCCGAUUUCUUUCGCUCACCAAGCGAUGAGAUCAAUGAGGUCAAUGAGUGUCGAAUUUGGUUAACAAAAAAUGCAAUGGCUUAUUUGCUAGGUGUGGCUUAUUUGAUUGAAUAGAAGUUGCACAAUGAUUAGAUUGUUAGGAGUGUACUGAUAUAAGUAGGACAAGUGACAUCCCAGCAACACUUGAGUCAUUAACCCCGCCCAUUUCUAAAAUGUAUCUUCAUAAAAGGUCAUUUUAAACCUAACUUUAACCACACUGCUAACCUUAUGCCUACCCCUAACCUUAAAUGUUUGUUUUCAUGAAUCUUUACAAUAUAGGGCGGCAGGUAGCUUAGUGGUUAAGAGUGUUGUGCCAGUACCCGAAAGGUCGCUGGUUCUAAUCCCCGAGCCGACUUGGUGAAAAAUCUGUCGAGCAAGGCUGCCCUUGAGCAAGGCACUUUACCCUAAUUGCUCAUGUAAGUCGCUCUGGACAAGAGCAUCUGCUAAAUUACUAAAAUGUAAAUAUAAUAGCCAAUUUCGACUUUGUGGUAACUAGUGGAAACUGUUGUACCUGUUGUUCACACACGUAUCUGCCCUCUCAUUGGCUAGAAUGUUCCUACCUGAUUGUGUCUUCUGCCUUCCAUUUCUGAAGACAUUUAUUUUCAUUAGAGCAGCCACUAGAGUAUCUGGUCAAUAUAAUGGAUAAUCUGUGCCAAAAGAUAACCCUAACAUCUGAGUUAGGGAGUGGUAAAUCAGUUGCCAAUGCUGGUUACAAUUGAAAUCAGCUGAGCGGUUGAAUUCAGUGCGUAUUGAUGGUUUAACAAGAGAUGAACUGCCGAUAAUCUAGUGGCCAAUUUUCUUUGCAAAAGGCCCAAUGGGUAUAUAUAAUUAAUUUAAAAGUCUAAAACUUGAUAUAGCGAUCAAAGAUUUCCACUUUAAGUAAUAUUUUGUUCACCAAUACUAUGUUGUAGACUGGGUUUGGCCUUACUAUGUUUCUUUGUUCUCCAGAGCUUGGUGCUCCAGAUUGCAUUUGAGCUGAUUGAGGCGGAGAAAAAGGAGGCUAAGCAGGAGAAAGACAAUUUCAUGGCUGAGAUCCCCGCCCUGGAUUUGUCUGGAGAUCAAGCAGCGCUGGUGGUACGAUACCAGUCAUUCAUUCCUUUACACAAGCUUCACACAUCUAGUCCAAUGUUUUAGGCCUGCAGUGUACCAUUGGUGGUUCUUGUAAUAAGCAAUGUGGAUUUGUAUACAAAGUACACAGACUCCAAUUUCUUUACUCUAAAUAACUGUUGCCUGGAGAGACUGAUUCCUUCAGGAGAGGAGAGUUUGUUGUACAAAUUAUAUGACCGACGUGAUUGUGUACCAACAGGAAAUGCUCAAAAAGUUGGCCCAAACCAUCGACAAGGUAGAUGAGGACAGAUAUGAUGCAGAAGCAAAAGUGAAGAAGGCUGACAAAGAGGUAGAUUGUAUUCCAUCUUUCCUCAUAAUGAAACAUAUGCCUCUGCAAAUCUAAUCUUUCUCCUGACUUUCUCACUUCCCAGAUUGAGGACUUGAAGAUGAAAGUGGUUGAGAUCCAGGGCAUGAAGAAGCCAGCACUGAAGAAAGUGCGUAUGUCUGCUGAUGCUAUGCUCCAGGCUCUGCUGGGCACCAAGCACAAGGCUUCCAUGGAUUUCAGAGCCAACUUGAAAGAAGUGAAGAAGGAGGUCAAAGAGGAGGUGGGUAUUUGUGUGGAGACCUGCAAAGCAGAAAGUACUGUGUCCCGAAUGUGUUCUGAGCAUUGAUGGUCUCAGUGUCUCAUGUGGCUCAGUUGGUAGAGCAUGGCACUUGCAACGGCAGCGUUGUUGGUUUGAUUCCCACGGGGGAACAGUAUGAAUGAAAAUGUAUGCACUCAUUACUGUAAGUUGCUCUGGAUAAGAGUGUCUGCUAAAUGACUAAAAUAAUAAAUGAAAUGAAAGGAUCAGUUCAUAUUAUAUCCUCAAAAUGUCUUUGACAUAUCCUCUAUAUGUAACAUCACAAACUUUCUGUCAUUCAGGCAGCGGAUGCAGUUGGUGACUGGCGCAAGAACGUUGAUGAACAGGCUGGCAUGGAUGGCAGGAAGAAAAAGUUUCCAGGGUUAAACACAGCCGUCUUUUGUCGUAUUGUGGUAUAGAGAUGAAUUUCAAUGACCGUGUUGUUAGGCAUCCCUGCAGGAAGAGGAUCUUUGGUCCGAAAUGCUGUUAUUUUUUGAUACUG